UAGAUCUUUAAGUGUGCCAGCUAGUUCGUCGUCAUUUCUGUGCAUUUUUUUGAGUCAGUAUAAAAGUGUUCAUUGCAGUAUCCACAGCUUUACAGUCUCCAGGUAAUUUUUUUGUGACAAAAUGUUCAGCAUAAAUCUUUUGACAAAUGAAAUUGUCCGAAAAAUCGAUUGUCCUGGUUGUUAUGACCAUGCGGAAGUGAAAUUAAGUGAUAAUUCAAAUGAUCGAUCGUGUGUGAUGAUAAAAAAAUAUAUGGACUUAUUUGCUGAUAGAAUUAAGAACAUGAAAGUGUAUGAAGAUGAUGUUUGGGUUGUGACAUUCCCAAAAUGUGGAACAACAUGGACACAGGAGAUGAUAUGGCUGGUUAACAAUGAUUUGGAUUAUAAAACUGCAUAUGAUGUGAAUUUGAAUGAGAGAUUUCCAUUUUUAGAAUUAAAUGGAGUUCUGAACAAAUUCGAUGGAGAUUCUGUUGGAAUCUGUGAGAAAAUGCAACGACCUCGUCAUAUUAAAUCGCAUCUUCCAAUCUUUAUGCUUCCUGAUCAGUUAUGGACUGUGAAACCUAAGAUCAUUUACGUUGCAAGAAAUCCAAAAGAUGUUGCGACUUCUUUCUUUCAUCAUUAUCGUCACAUAGUCGGCUUUGAAGGCACACGUAUAGACUUCAUAAGAGCAUUUCUUAAUGAUCAAGUCAUUUAUGCGCCAUUUAAUGAGCACGUUCUUGAUUUUUGGAAAAUUCGUGAUAAUGAAAAUAUUUUAUUUUUGCAUUACGAGGACAUGAAAAGGAACAUGACAGCAGUCGUAAAGGAAGCGAUGAAAUUUCUCGGAAAAAACUUUUCAAACGAUGAAGUUAAGGAGCUUUGCGACCAUCUUUCAGUUGAUUCAAUGCGUGCUAAUCCAUCAUGCAAUAAUGAUGCUUUAGUGGAAAUGGCAAAGAAAGUAAAUAAAAAUGGAAAGACAAGUGGUGACUUUAAGUUCAUCAGAAGAGGACAAGUUGGGUCAUUUAAAGAAGAAUUUUCUGAAGAAAUCAAUCAGCAAUUUGAAGAUUAUAUUAAUCAACCUUGUUUGAUCGAAAAUGGAUUUAAAUACAAAUUUUAAAAAUACUUUUGUAAUUUUUGGGGAUUGAAAUUGUUAAUAAAAUAAUUUAUUUCGUGG